AUGGUCGAUGACAAACCUCUCCCCAAGCGGGUGUCAUCACUUAUGACACCAAACCGCCGAGCUUCUCUCGCUGCUCUACAAACCCGUUGUGAGAGUAGGGCUUCCAACCUCUCAGAUAUCUCUCAAUCAUUGUGCGAGACCACGGUAUCAGACUUCAUGGCCGCCAAGAUUCUUCAAUUGGAAGACCCAACGUCCUACAUCGCCAAUGUCAAGGCUGGGUUAGAUGAGGUAAAAGAUAGUGGAGCCAUCAACAACACUGAGUACUACCAGCAAAUCGAACCCUGGAUCCGCACGCUCCGGUCAAGGUCGUCCACCUUAAACGUUCUCAAAAGACAACGAAAGGUCCUCACCGAAGAAUUCGACGAUGCUGUUGCGGAGAAACGCCAGCGAAUUGAUGGACCGUUAGAUGAAGGUCUGCUUGAGAGAGCAUACCGCGACAUGAUUCUUCAGCGAGUGAUGAGUGCUACUGGCAAGCAACCGGUACAGAAGUUUAGUCAGUCGGAUUUCAAGAAAAAGGUCAACGAGUAUUACAAUGUGAGCGACGGCGAAAUGACCCAUUGCCAUGUUUUGGGUCGCUGGAUCAAUAAAGUUCAUGUCAAAGUGGCACACCUAAUCCCGAAGAGCAUGUCGCCUAACGAGUUGGCUCAUAUAUUUGGCGACUGUGAUGUUGUCACCAGCAUCCCCCAAAAUGGCCUGUCAUUACAUCACAAGGUUGAGUCCCUCCUAAACAAGGGAGAUAUUGCCAUCAUUCCAAUGCUUGGCAAGGUAACUGAUCCGACCACGUGGAGAGUUGUCGUGUUGAAUUCGGCCCUUGAUGACGACAUCGUCUGGCAGAAAGAGAGAAUUGGAAGGGAAAAGCCAGAGAUCACCCGUGUCAAGGAUCUUGAUGGCAAGGCCCUGGAAUUCCGCAAUGAUAAUCGCCCUCGUCGCCGAUACCUAUACUUCCGAUUUAUUGUCUCAUACCUGUGGCAGAAGCGACGACAAACUGCUAACGCGAUGAAUAUAUUGGCCGAAAAGACAGAUGCCCGAAAGUUUUGGCCCUCAGGAGGUGCUUACCUCCAAAAGUCGACGCUUCAGACCCUUGCGCGGUGCAUCUCAGGGUGUGAGAUUCCUAAUGAUCUGAUCGAGAAUCAGACGUUUGAUGAAUCCAGUGACCCAGCAAGAGACAUUCAAGCCGGCAUGGUUCUUGCGGCAGACGUUCAAGAUUCUCAUCCAGCACCUAGCAUCAUGGAUGCUCUCACAUCUUCAAUGAAACAUCUUUAA